GAGGACCUAUCCGGGGCAUCCUCGGAGCGGAGGUUGAGGGCCACCACCCCGCCACUUCUCUCGCCUUUGCCCUAAGACAGCCGUCACUGCCGAAGGGGCCGCCAGCCGCGCGCAUCCUGGUCGCGAGCGCCGACCAGGGGUGCGGAGGGGUGGCGGCGGAACCCGGCUGCGGAGGGUGCGCCCGAGGCUGGCACCCCGAGGACAACGGCGAGGCCAAACAGCCGAGAUGUGAAAGUAAAGAAAGGACAUAUAAAAUAACAAAGAUGGUUUUGAGCCAGAAUGUCUCAGCGGUUGGACCACUUAAUUUGUAUCCCAUGGUGCACAUCAGCCUCAUGUUUGGUAUUUCGUAUGUUUUGCCUGAUUUUUCAGAUGAAUCUUGCACUUUAAAGAUGACAUUACGAAAUUUGCAGUCAGUCUUAUCAUGGGAAUUAAAAAACCAUUCAAUUGUACCAACUCACUAUACAUUAUGGUACACCAUCAUGAGUAAACAGGAAGAUAUGAAGAUCGUUGGGGACUGUACAAAUAUCACAAGAUCAUUCUGUGACCUAACAGAUGUGUGGGUAAACAUGACAGAGAUGUACAUCCCCAAAGUGGUUGGAUUCAGAGGGAACGCAGAGCUGGUCAGUUGUGUGGGCUCUUUCUUCCUGGCAAUGGACACACUGCCUUUGGACCCACCAGAGUUUGAGAUUGUUGGUUUUACAGACCACAUCAGUGUCAAUGUGAAAUUUCAGUCUGUCGCUCCCAAGAUACUAAAUGAGGAAGAAUUACAGUUUUACUUAGCAUUAAUUGAAGAACAAUCAGGGGGGACCGUUAAGAAGCAUAAACCCCCAAUAAAUGGAAACGUCACUGAAAAUUUCAUUUAUGUCAUCAACAAGUUAAUUCCAAAAACAAACUACUGUGUAUCUGUUUAUUUCGAGCCUAAACAUCCGAGAAAAAUAAAUAGAUCUCCCUUAAAAUGUACCCUCUUCCAACCUGGAUGGGAAUCAGAGUCAUCAGAAUCUGCCACAAUAGGAGGAAUAAUUACUCUGUUUUUAGUGGCUGCUGUCUUCGUAAGCACUGUAAUGAUGCUGAAACGGAUCGGUUACAUAUGCGUAAGAAAUAAUUUCCCCAAAGUUUUGAAUUUUAAUAAAUUGUCAGUCUGGGUAUUUCCCGAGCUGCCUCCGUUGGAAAAAGUGGCUACCGUGGAGCUUAUUCACAUCAACAGAAAGAAGAAAGUGUGGAAUUAUAAUUAUGAUGAUGAAAGUGACAGCGAGGAUGAAGCAGCCCCCCGAAUAAGCGCAGGUGGUUACACCACGCACGGACUAACGGGCAGGCUGUGGCCCGCCUCUGUGUCCUCGGCCACCUUGGAGGACUGCAGUGACCCGGCUACUGAGGAGCGUGACCUGCCGGAGCCCGAGGCUGAUGCUGAGGCCCUGAUGGCACCAGGGCCCAGCCCCUGGCAGUCGGAAUGCACAAGUAGGGGCUACCAGGGGAGAGGGAACCUGCUGCAGGACCCCUUUUCCGAGGAGGACAGCAGCCCCACGGAGGGGUCUGGGGACAGAAUUGUCUUCAAUGUGGAUUUGAACUCUGUGUGCGUGAGGGCCCUUGAGGACAACGACGACUCAGAAGUCACUCCAAUGUUACCAUCUGGUCCAGAAGAGACAGUUGUGCUAGAGGACCCCGACGAGACAGAAUCGAACCUUCUUCUGGUGGCCAGUGGAGAAGGGACACAGCUGCCUUUCCCCGGCCCCUCUGCGGAGUAUCCGUGGCCUGAAGAUUCUCCUUCUGAUGAAAGUGACACUUCCGAAUCGGAUGUUGACAUGGGGGAUGGUUAUGUAAUGAGAUGAAUGAAUCAAGAAAUAUUUAAUUAACUUGGACACCUGCUACCUCCGGUGCUGUCCCUCCCAGCACCCGCACUUGCUCCUUUGGGGUCUCCAAGUGUUCUCCGACAGAAGGAUUAGGAGACUGGUGACAUCAUCUGUGCAAAUUCCCAGUCUGGGGAAGGGGAGGUGGGAAACAGAGUAUUCUGGUAUCAUUCAGUGUGUUGUUUACCAGUUCAAAGUGAUUUGCUUUGAAGGGAAAAGGCCCUGCCCAUUCCCUUUAUUCUCAUGGAUGUCUAAUGUUUCUGCAUCAUGUUUCCCAGAGUAAAGAGCAGGGUUUAUAGCAGGGGCAGUCAGCAUUGUUUACCAAAGUCUCCAGGGAAGAGCUGGAAAGCAGCAGAAAAAGAGGAGGGAGGCUGGGCUGCCGGAGAGAAAGGAGGGGCACACACCAGGAAACAGAAGCACAGGCUUCGGGUUGGGUUAGAAGUAGGGAAGGUCCAGCCAAGUCUUGGGCACCUCCCUGAUGAUAUUCUGUCGCCUACACUCUUGAAAAUUCAACUCUCAGCCCCUUGCACAACCCUCCUCAAUCUGAGUGAGGAAGACAGACACACCAAGUGCGGGCCGGGUGACUAAUACAGAAACAUUUGCAUAAGGGAGAGGGACAGAAUCUCUGUGUCAUAUUUUAAGAUUUAAUUUUGUACAAUGGUUGGAGGUUGGUAAAAAAGAAAACACGCUUUUUAAUAUAAAUUUUGGAAUGUC